GAUUCAUAGAAAACACUGUCAUAACUGGCAAAUUAGCAAAGAUGGAAGACGAUUCAAUCCUUGCCUCAAUCGGAAACAAGGUUCAAGAACUGGUUGGAGGGAGCGCUGGUAAGGAUCCCGCAGAGGGACAGGCUCAACCUUCAUUCGAGAAUGAGUACAGAACCAAUGAGGGCCUCAACACUGGAAAAGAAGCUUGCGUUGCUGCCCAAAAUAAUCCUACUCCAUUUGAGGGAAAAUGUUGCCCUGAUCACGAUCGCGAUGAAGCAAAAGACUAUGGUAAGAAGUUGAUGUAAAAUGGAAGGCAAAGUUUCGGAGAACUCUAGGAUGAUCUUGCACGUUCACGGUUUUGUACAGAAAAUAUGUAUCGAUGUACAGAGGAUUUGUAUGUAACGGAAUGACUUCGUAGCAUUUUUGUAUAUGUCUUUCUUCUGAAUAUACCUUGAUAAAGUAGUUGGA